GCGACACACGAGCCAGCGACAAGCUUCAAGCCCUGCAAGCUUCAAAACAUCGAACCUACACAUCCAUCCAAGCCGUAUCCCAUGGCUUUCACACAUCCACAAUGCUCUCCACCAGCAGAUUGAUCCUCCGCAACAAGUCCCUCCUCCGUCCAUCCUCCACCCUCAUAAGAGCUGCACAACCCACGCUCCGCAGCUACGCAACCUCAACCCGUAAAGCCGUCACUAUCGUCAACGACGAUGGCCGCAUCAACUGGGGCGAUCUCUCCACGCGCGAGAAAGCCGCGCGGACAACACAGCAAACAUUCAAUCUAGCCGUGGUCGUUGUCGGGGUUCUCAUGACUGGCGCGGUCGCAACGUUCCUCUUCCUCGACGUCUUCUCGCCACACUCGUAUACUACAUACUUCAACUACGCCGUCAGCAAACUCCGUGCCCACGCAGACGUCACGUCGCUUCUCGGGCCGGCCUCCUCCCUGACGUUUUACGGCGAGCCGCAGAGUAAUAAGUGGACGCGAAACAGGCCGAUCGCGCACAGACUGGAGACGGACAAGUUUGGUGUGGAGCACAUGUAUAUGGAUUUCAAUGCUGAGGGCGAGAAGGGGAUUGGCAGAGUCCAUGCGCAUCUGGUCAGAAGGGGCGGGAAGGGCGAUUUUGAAUGGAGGUUCCUGUGGGUGGAUGUCAGGGGUGGGGAGAGAAUAUACUUGGAGAGAGAAGAGCAGAAGGGCGGGGGGAAGGGCAGUGGGAGGAUCUUUGGGGUGCGGUGGUGGUAAGUGUAGAGACUUCAUCGGAGGUGUACUACUGGAUGCUGCACGCAAUGUACCUAUAUGGCAAUACGGAAGACACAGUCUGACCCCAGAGUCCACGGACUGUACAACACGACAGCCGUGCUCUGCAAGCGUCAGAUCGAUCAGGUCAAUCUAAGGAAUGUGAAAUCGAACACAUUGAAGCUCUGCUCAACGCCCAAACAACACCAUUCGCCUCCUUUCCUCCCCUAAGACAGACUCGCCAGACCUCUGUCCAACUCCACACUCCCAUUCAAAUCCACACUCCUCCGUCCAUCCAACGGUGGA